AUGAAGUUGUCUCCGUCGAACAGAUCGAGAGGUCAGGCCCUUCUGUCUUCCAUUCUCCGAAUUUCCCAGCCGCUAUGCGCAAACCGCGCCCGUUCCCCAAAUCGAAAUCAUGGCGCUUCGCCACCGCCAUCCCACCGAUCUUUCUCAAUCCUCAACCGCCCUCCGCCCAAUUACCCAGGUCAUGUUCCGCUCACUAGAGUCGAGCGUGUGGGUUUAGCUGUCGGCAGCGCGAUCACGUCGCUAAUCAAUCCAUAUCGGCAUGACAUGGUCGCUGCAUUGGGAGAGGCGACGGCGCAGCCGUUCUUCAUUUCCUGGCUGCGAAAUCGAAUGAUUUCAGACCCCACCGGUAGACGAAUACUGCGGGAUCGACCUAGGAUCACCUCGCAGACGAUGCCACUAGAGAAAUUACGACAGCUACCGGAGAAUAGCGUGGGAAGAACAUAUGCGGCAUGGCUAGAUCGAGAAGGUGUCACACCAGACACGAGAGAUGCAGUACGGUAUAUUGAUGAUGAAGAGGAGGCAUAUGUGAUGCAAAGAUAUCGGGAAUGUCAUGAUUUCUAUCAUGCCGUCACCGGACUGCCGAUCUGGGUGGAGGGAGAAAUCGGACUAAAAGCCUUUGAAUUUGCCAACACGGGAUUGCCAAUGACUGGCCUUAGUCUGGCUGCCAUUGUCAGACUGAAGCCUUUAGAACGGCAAAGGAUGUUCGAAAUCUUUUUGCCCUGGGCGUUCUCGAACGGUUGGCGGUGCAAAGACUUGAUCAACGUGUACUGGGAAGAAGACCUCGAGACAGAUGUUGCAGAACUGCAAAGCCGACUGGGCAUUGAGCAACCCCCAGAUCUGCGGGCCAUCAGACGGAAAUUGAGGGACGAGCGUAGGGCAGCGAAAGCUGCCAAAGAGACGGCCGUGAUGAAUAAUGCCUCCGCUCCUCGGCCCAAGGUAUAA